GGAGGGGCACACUAAGCUUUUGGUCAACAAGUACAAAUAAUUAACAUGGGAAUAAGCAAAAAAAAGUUAAUAGGGAAAAGACAUGGCACCACCCACACUAAAACACAAAAAACAGCCCUUAACAGGAGACAACACUCACCUAAAUUAACAGAUGAAGUAAGCAUUAGAAAUGUAUGUAAAUUUCUAACGUGGACCAAAAGGCUCAUAAACACAAGAACAAAAUCAUUAUUUAAGUCUGGAAAAUUUGAGUCUCUCUGCAGCAUUCACAGACCAGCUGUCCUUCUCAAUCUGCACACACCCAGCUACACACUAUGGCUGACAAUACUAGCACACCAACCCUGUUAGACUCCACCAUAACUUUCUCAGAGCCAACUUCUCCUUCUUCGAAGUUCUUUGAUGAGAAAUUCUCACCUGAAGGUGAAAAGGUGGGUCCAAAAGAUGGUGGAGCAGACACUGCUGUCAUUGCAGGUGUCACUGUUGCUUUACUUUUGGUUCUUCUUUGUCUGCUUGGGGUUUUGAUCCAUUACAUGUACCGGCACAAAGGUACCUACCGCACAAAUGAGGCGAAGGGCACAGAGUUUGCAGAGACAGCUGAUGUUGCAUUGAAGAGUGAUCCCUCACUGCAGGACACUGUGGAUGAAACCAAGAAAGAGUACUUCAUCUAAGUCAACGUCUUCUUAAAGAAUUCUGUUCUCUUGCUUGGAAUUAUGGGGCCAUCUUAAUCCCUUGCACAGCAAGAAUGAAAAAUAGAAAGAAAAAAUAUUUACUAAUAUACUAAGAGUAACUAGCCAGUCAGUCAAUAUAACUGACAUUGGUUUGCACUUUUAUUCUAACAAUAUAUACUGAUGGAAAAAAGAGACAACACCUCCUACUCCACACCCUGGCCCUCCCAUCUGCUUGGAACAGGUUGAAGAUUGACUCAGAUGGGAAGAGGACCUGAUGCCACUGCUGAGGAGUCCAUCGCAGGCUCUGUCUGGCCCAAGCCAGUCGGGUGUGAUGUCUAGAAGGUGUGAGCAGAGGGCCUCACUGUCCUGUCACUGAUGUGGGCAUUGUCACUAAUGUGUCUGCUGGGAGUGUCAGCAGCAGUAUGGGUGGCAGAUCUAAAAUGAUCUCUCAGAUGGACCAGUCUGAUGUGUCGGUCCUGCUCUGGUGUG